AUGCUUGCAUCAGUCCCAGCUGAGGUUUGGACUGCCGCGCUUUCGCUUUUCCUAAUUACUACUCUUUCCAUUUCCAUCGCUGCCGUAAUUCUUGACAUCCAUCGGGAAGACCAUGAAGAGUCAGAACCCCCAGCUGGCUGUCGUCGAAUCGGACUUGCUCCGGGAAAGUCGAAUUUCCAAGAUCAGUACAAUCAAAAGUAUGCUGAAGGCAGCGACAAGGACAAGUCGUCAUGGAAGGUGAAAGCUCUCUGUAUCUAUCCGGUCAAAAGCUGCUACCCCGUCGAGCUUGACCACGGCGAGGUCGUCCCCUCUGGCAUGAAAUACGACCGCCAAUUCACCUUCGCCCAGCUCAUCAGCUCCGUAGCCAAGGAUGGAAGUUGGGAUAUAACCCACCAGUGGUCCUUCAUCACUCAGCGUCAGUCACCGCACCUGACCAAGAUCACAACCGAGCUCUGGGUUCCCGACCCUUCGUCACCCACCUACUCUCCGAAUGCUGAGUGGGUCAAGAGCGAGGGUUGCAUUGUCAUUUCAUUCCCGUAUGUGGAAGACAAGCUCUGGGUUCUCGAUACACUCGAAAGGCUGGGCACUGCCAUUCGCAAGAAUUUCCUCAUGCAAAAACACCUCGACUACGAUGGCCCACGCAUCUCCUUUCGCAUCCCCUUCAACCCACCUUCAGAGCGCAUUAGAAAGAAAGCCUAUCCCCUGGAGCCCAUGAAAAUCUGGGACGAAUGCCCCGAGGCACUGAAUAUGGGAGUCGAAAUCCCUGAAGAUAUCCUCGCCAAGCUGAAAUACACACUUGGAAUAUCAAACCAGCUCUCGCUGUUUCGCGUCCAUCCCCAACGCUUCCGCAACGUCUACCGCUGCGCCCCCCGCAAGGGCCAAGAUGUGGAGUACCAGCCCGUCGUCGGAAUGGCAGACGCCUAUCCCCUCCACAUCAUCAAUAUGGCUAGUGUUCACGAUGUCGCCUCUCGCCUUCCCCCCAAAUCCGCAGUUCUCGAUGCAAUCCGCUUCCGAGCCAACAUUUACCUCACUGGACCACCUGCCUACGCCGAAGACCAUUGGCGCAUCGUUCGCAUUGGCUCGCGACGCUACCACGUCAGCUGCCGCACAGCACGUUGCACUAUGGUCAACGUCAACCCAGCAACUGCCGAGCUAGAACGUAACGAGCCGUACAAGACCAUGGCACAGUUCCGGAAGAUUGACCCGGGAGCGGCAAAGUGGCCUUGCCUAGGAAUGCAGUUGGUUCCAUUGAGUGGAGAUGAAGGGGAGGUCAACGUUGGGGAUGAGAUCGUCGUGGAGGAGACGGGCGAACACUGUUAUAUCCCUCAGGGUCCGUCAUAG